AUGCCUGCUCCACAGGGGAUAUCCCUUUCAACCACAUUCGUUAAUGUUUGCAUCCUAUUAUUUAAACUAAUAGUUAUGUAUUGUCAAGAGUUGACAGGUUAUAACAAGCAAGAUCAUAAAGAACAUAAGGUUACCCGAGCAGAAGAAGUAGCCCACGGAGAGAACGAUGCCUUUAAACUAUGUGUUAUCAAUGCCAAAAACAUAUCCGAAGUAGCCGCUAUCAGCGGAUAUGUUAUACGAGAACAUGUUAUUACUACAAGAGACGGAUACUUGUUAGUGGUUCACAAAUUAGAGAAUCCUCGUUUAUCCCCAAGCACUAAAUGUUUAACUAACAAGAUUGUUUAUUUCCACCAUGGAUUAAUGACAAGUUCUGAGUUAUUCUUGUUAGGAUCCACCAAGGAAAAAACCCUUCCAUAUUUAUUAGCAGAUUUGGGUUAUGAUGUUUGGUUAGGAAACAAUCGUGGUAAUAAGUACUCGAGAAAACAUCUUAAACUUUCGGUGUCUGAUCCAACAUUUUGGGAUUUCUCGUUGGAUGAGUUUUCAUACUUUGAUAUCCCAGAUACAAUCACCUAUAUCAAGAAUAAUUAUCCCUCAUCGCAAGAUGUUAAGAUAACUUAUAUUGGAUUUUCCCAAGGGUGCUCCCAAUUAUUUGCCAGUUUAAGUUUGAAUCCUGCCUUAAACUCAAGUAUUAAACUCUUUGUAGGAUUAUCACCUGCCAUUAUUCCACAGAAUUUAAAUCAUCCUUUAUUUAAAUUGAUAGUGAGACAAACUGCAUCAGAUAAUGCUUUCCUUUAUAGCUUGUUUGGUAAACGGGCAAUCCUACCUUCAGUUUCAUUCUGGUCAACUAUAUUAGGUCCUAGACUUUAUGAAAGAGUAGUUGAUAAAUCCUUGUCGUUACUAUUUGGAUGGGAUUGUAAGAACAUCAGUCAGUUUCAAAGGGAAAUAGGAUAUCCACAUAUGUUUUCCAAUAGUUCCGUGAAAUCUUUGGUUCAUUGGUUUCAAAUUAUAGGUGCAAAAAGAUUUCAAAUGUUUAAUGAAACUGGUGAUUUCGGACUUACUAGGUUAUCUUCCUUAUCACGAACCCUGCAGAAAAAGAGUCAUUUAGUAGCACCAUUUCCUAUUGCUGACCACUUAAAUGUUCCCAUGCUCUUAUUCUAUGGAGAUAGUGAUAUUUUGGUGGAUAUUAAUAAAACCAAGAGUUUAAUUGUAGACAAUAAUGACAAUAUGAGAGAAAAGUUGGAGGUGAUACUAUGCCCAGAAUAUGAACAUAUGGAUACUUUAUGGGGAAAUGAUGUCUAUGAAGAUGUGUUUGUGAAAGUGAUUGAAAGACUAGAACAAGACAAUAAUGACAAAAUGUCUAAUGGGAUGCAAAGAUACGAUACAAAUGAGACAUUGGUUAAAUAA